CUGAAUUGAGCCAGCGUUUUGAUCUCUGUCCCUCAUAUUUGCUAGCUCAUUGUCAGUGACAUUGAGCGGUUGGUCAGACUUUGGUCUGUUUAGUUCGUGCAAAGCUUCAGCAGUGGUGGUAGUGGUAGGUGGUGGUACAACAGUGGUAUGGGCGGCUACUGUUUUGAAAAGAGUUGGAGCCGAAGUGACGACAGAGACUUUACUGGCUUUCUUUAUCUCAGACACAGAUGGUAUGGUAAAUACCCCCUUUCUCGUCCUCCCUUCACUUGUACUGGAGCCCUCGUUCUCUUCCAUGUAUCCCUCGCGAGUGGCGACCUUUGACCGCAACAUUUUUGAUGAUUCAGCAAAAUCCUGCUGACGUUCUGCGUACGUUCUCAGCUGGAGGGCGACUCAUGUAGCGGCCAUGGCUGCAGCGCAGAGCAGUACAUGUCCGUGCUGUGGGGGCACUGAUAUAGAAGAAGACUCUGCCCACGGUGUAGUGGUGUGCACCAGUUGUGGUACAGCAGUCGAGGAGGCGCCGAUCAAUCUCCAGGACCCCCAACCUGCAUCCUUCAGUCGCCACCACCAGCCCUCCAAGGAGCAGAUCCGAGUAUUCUCAGAGAAAAGCUACUCAGCCCGGAAACUAGGAAAACUCAUCACGGAAACAAAGAAAAAAGCAGCAGCAAUGAAGCUGCCUUCUUCAAAGACGGACAUUUGUGUGGAGCAGGCCAAAGAGCUCUGCAGAAGAGAGGCAGUGGGGUGCAGAGGUCUGAGCAUUGAGGUAGUGUCCGCUACGUUGGUGUAUAUUGCAUGGAAGAAUGAAAACAGUUGUGUAUCUGCAUGGGACAUGGUGAACACAGGAGUCAAACCAAACGUCCUCCUCAAAGCCACCAGCAAGCUCUGUGAUCAACAUCCAGACCUGGUGAGUGUAAGUCAAGAGGAGCCCCUGACAGACGAGCAGAGGCUCGGCCUGAGGCUGGACAGGUUCUCUCCUCCGGUACACGGGGGCGAGAGACGCAGAGUCAUUGACAUGGCUCAACAGAUCUGGAGUAUGGUACUUGAUGUGAAGGUGCAAGAUCUCCACUUGCGUAAGAUACCCAUCAAUGACUACUGCAUUCUGGCAGUAGCACUGCAGUAUGUCAGACGAAAAGACUUGCCUAAAUCUGAAGUAGCAGAUCUGUCUAAGAGCAUCUCAAUGACAGUCAAAACAGUGAAUACCAGGAUUUGGCUUAUCAAGAAGGCUCUGGUCACUCUGGCUGCUCGAUGCCCUUGCUUAGAGGAAGAUGUGAAGAAUCGCGUGAUCAGGACACAGAAUGUUCAGCGCUAUCUCGACAGACUCCUGCAGAACAAACACUACCUGAGCUGUGAAAUGGAGCUCAUAAGAGAGGGAGAAGUUAAUGGAGAGGAGAUUACAGGGGCGGAGAAAGGGGAGGGGGAAAGUGGGACUAAGAGGAGACGGCCGAGGAAGAGGGCGAGAAAGAGUGCGGUCUCCUCACUGCUGCCUGUGGUGUUUGCCAACAGUGUUGUGGGGGAGAUAGGAGGUGGAGGGGGAGGAGAAGAUGAAAACCUCAGUGAUUUAGAUGAUGAGAUUGAUGAGUACAUACUGACUGAAGAACAGGUGAAGAUGAGAAAGUACUUGCUCUCAAUCAACAGUGACAACGAGGAGCAUUCACCAACUCAGCAAGACUCAGAUUAGGAUUCCAAAUAAUAAUUUGACUCCGAUUAGAGCUUUUACAAUCAUGAUUUGAAACCAAUAAAAUCAUCUCAACAAAAAUAAUAAUAAAUAUGCACACACAA